UUGGUUAUCGCUAGGGGACAGACAGCCUGAGAGCUACCGCUACAUCUUUAAUUUAGGGCAGAAAUAAGCUCUUUUUCACCCUUUGUGGGGCAAAGUGUAACCUCUGGCCCCUCACAGCUUGUUAACGUAGGUCAUUUAACAGCAGCGCAACCUCCCGGAGGACACGUCUGCCUCGAACUGAGAUAAAUAAUGUAGUUUUAUCUGUUUGGAGCCGUUUGUUGGUCAGGUGUGACAGACGAGGCUGGGAAGCCCAACACAGUCUCAGCAGACGGCUGUCCACCAUGAGCUGUGCUCGAGGAAGUUCCUUGGCACUGUUUCUAAAUCUGUUCAAAGCCACUGGCUACAACUUCUUGGAUUUCUCCCUGAGAUCAAGAGCAUCAAACUGGCUGACAUGGACGAACAAAGCGUUGAGAGUAUCGCGGAGGUGUUUCGCUGCUUCAUAUGCAUGGAGAAACUGAGGGACGCUCGUCUCUGCCCACACUGCUCCAAACUCUGCUGCUUCAGCUGCAUAAGACGAUGGUUGACAGAGCAGAGAGCCCAGUGUCCACACUGUCGGGCUCCGCUCCAGCUGCGAGAGCUGGUCAACUGUCGCUGGGCAGAGGAGGUCACCCAGCAGCUGGACACCCUGCAGCUCUGCAGCCUCACCAAGCACGAGGACAACGACAAGGACAAAUGUGAGAACCAUCACGAGAAGCUGAGUGUUUUCUGUUGGACCUGUAAGAAAUGCAUCUGUCACCAGUGUGCCCUGUGGGGAGGAAUGCACGGUGGCCACACCUUCAAGCCUCUGGUGGAGAUCUACGAGCAGCACGUCACCAAAGUGAAGGAGGAGGUUGCAAAGCUCCGCCGCCGCCUCAUGGAGCUUAUCAGCCUGGUGCAGGAAGUGGAGAGGAACGUGGAGGCUGUCAGAGGAGCGAAGGAUGAGCGGGUCAGAGAGAUCCGAAACGCUGUGGAGAUGAUGAUCGCUCGUCUGGACAACCAGCUGAAGAACAAACUCAUCACGCUCAUGGGCCAGAAGACGUCCUUGACCCAGGAGACGGAGCUGCUGGAGUCUCUCCUGCAGGAGGUGGAGCAUCAGCUUCACUCCUGCAGUAAGAGUGAACUGAUCUCCAAGAGUCCAGAGAUCCUGCUCAUGUUCCAGCAAGUCCACAGAAAACCCAUGCAGUCCUUCGUCACCACCCCGGUCCCUCCAGACUUCACCAGUGAGCUGGUUCCAGCCUACGACUCCAGCACUUUUGUUUUGGUCAACUUCAGCACUCUGAGGCAACGGGCCGACCCGGUCUACAGCCCUCCUCUACAGAUAUCUGGACUCUGUUGGAGGCUCAAAGUCUACCCAGAUGGUAAUGGAGUGGUCCGUGGAAACUACCUGUCUGUCUUUUUGGAACUGUCUGCUGGACUCCCUGAAACAUCAAAAUAUGAGUACCGUGUAGAGAUGGUCCAUCAGGCCUCCAGCGACCCCACAAAGAACAUCAUUCGGGAGUUUGCCUCUGACUUUGAGGUGGGCGAAUGCUGGGGAUACAACCGUUUCUUCAGACUGGACCUCCUGGCCAGCGAGGGAUACCUGAACAUGCAGACUGACACGCUGGUCCUCCGCUACCAGGUCCGCUCCCCAACCUUCUUCCAGAAAUGCAGAGAUCAGUACUGGUACAUCAGCCAGCUGGAGUCAGCCCAGAGCGGCUACAUCCAGCAGAUCAACAACCUGAAAGAGAGGUUGGCGAUAGAGCUCUUCCGCCGACAGACGUCACGCAGCUCCUCGCCGCCUGACAUGAGACUCGCUGCGAGCACCACAACAUCUGAAAGAGACCCUCGCUCUGUAAAGAGCGACGACGACAUUCAGACCACUCUGAGCAACGCUAAAAAAGUAGAAGAAGAAGAGAGGACUCAGCACGAUGACUCUAAUGAGCUUUCUGAUGGUGACCUGGAGGUAGACUGUCUAACAGAGGAGGAGGUGAACCCACUCGACGGCAGCAGCACCUCAGGGAGCUCCACGGCCACCAGCAACACAGAGGAGAACGACAUAGACGAGGAGACCAUGUCUGGAGAGAAUGAUGUCGACUUCAUUGGAAACCUGGAAACGGAAGAAGGAGAACUUCCUGAUGACUUGGCUGGAGCCACAGGUGGAUCCAGCCCCAGCAUGCGCGCCUUACAUCGCAGCACUGCGGCCAGUCGCAGCAGCGGGGCUGCUGGUGGUGCUGUGGGUCAGGGCAGUAACAGCCUCCUAGAAAUAGACCCGGUCAUCCUGAUCCAGCUGCUGGAUCUGAAGGAGCGCAGCAGCGUGGAGUCUCUGUGGGGCCUUCAGCCUCGGCCUCCUGUAUCCCUGCUGCACAGCCAAGCUCAUCCACACUCCAGGAAAGACAGAGAGCGGCGACCUCAGGUCGUACGACGAUCAGCUCCAGACUCGGGGGUCUUGAUCCGCCUCAAAGCCCAGAUGGCUGAAGUCCGCAGUAAAAUGUCUGAUGUCAAAAGUCAAGUGCUGGAGGCUCGAGAUCCCCGGCCCGGCCCAUCAGGAGGCUUCAGCGUGGAGGAGGUUCCCUCUCACCACACUGACUCAGAGUUGUCAGCCUGUCGUAAACCCGGGGAACUGGACCUGCUGGGGAGAGGAGCUGCUGCUCGGUCCAGGCCCUGCCGCCCUGCCAGGAAAUCUCUGUCCCCAGUUCUGGACAGCAGCGUCUCCGUGGUGGUGAAGAGGCGGAGUCCUGAGGAGAUGGAGAAGGACUUGGCCACAGAGCCCAGCCUGCAUCUUAAAGACGGGCUUGGAGCUGCUGAAGGACUGCUGAAGGCUGACGGCAACCAGAGCUCCCUUAUGUCUCUGAGCGGCUCCUUGGCAGAGCAUGCCUCCACCUCCAAGCAGCAGUACUCGGUGGAGCAGCAGCUUUAUGGGGCCCAGGGGUCCAGGGACGACAUCUUCUCUUUGGGAGUACCGAGCUACGUGACUUCCAGCAAAAACUGUGGCAGUCGGCCCCUCGGGGCGGUCACGUUGGAUGAUGAACCUGAGAGCUCAGGAAACUGUCAUCAGUCCAUGCUGGAGGGACUUUCUGCACAACCGCAGUCCAAUGAAGAUCUGUCACCGGCGGUCCUCGUGGCAGCAACCAGCAGCGACAGCGACACUGAGGACGAGGCCCUGCAGAGCAACAACUCUCGCUAUGACAACCAGACGCCCCCCUGCACAGGUGAGCAGCUUCUGUCUGAUGACCUGAGCCUGCCCGCUGACAGGUGAUUCCCCCUGAAGCUGUCCAACGUCUGGAGACGACACACGCGCUAGCUGCACACGUCUGUAGAGUAGAACCUGCUUGUUAUGCAUGAAGUCAAAAUGAAGAUGAUGCAACAGCUCACCUGCCUGACCAGAAUCAGAAGCUGUUCUCUUGUUUUCCUGAAUAUUUAGAGAAUUCAACUCUGACAGAAACAACAAUGAUGAUGAUAGCCUGUUAGUGAGGUGGGUUUAGUUCAGUGACAGAAUAACUUCUAACACUAUCACGAAUGAAACUGCCCCUUUGAGAGGACAUGUCAACCUUUCCUCGACCACUGCCGGCUGUGUCUCUUUCAAUAUUCAGGGCAUCCAGACUUUCAUUCUGAAGACCUUAGCCGUUACUUACCUGGAGCGCAGGGCGUUUAGUCACUUUAAGUAUCCUUCAGCACAAAUCUGUUACCUUCAGGUGUAUGAAUACUGUUACACAUCUGACAUGUCAACAACAUAUUAACAGGAGUCUGAGUUAAAUGAUGUGUAGGAGCUCAGUCUUUUAUAACGGCUUGUUGUGGAUGUUUGAUUCAGACUGUCUGGGCUGUUGUCUCCACUCCUCCUCUGCUUCCUUCACUCCUGUCUCCACCUCUCACAGACGCCGCUCUAAAAGUCUUAAUUCAUUCCUUAAACGUUCUGUUCCAGCGACACUGCAGCCCGUUGACUGCUCUAAGUCAGACCUUUUUAUUCCUUAAGGUGAGCCUGUAGCGCUCCAUUAGCUUUCCUGGUAACUUAUGUAAAUGUCUCCUCUCUUAAUAACAGCGGCAGCAGCAACCGCAGCGUCUGUCUUUAUGUGACAUUUGAAAAGGGUAAACGAUCACUGAAUCACAUGGAUUAUAAAAUAGCUGCUGCACUGAUGUAUGUGGGCUGAAACUUUGAAGCAUGCUGCAGAUCAGAUGCUCCGUAAUAUCUGAGCAGGUGUUUCUGCUUCCACGUCUGCUUGGACAUCACCGACUGCAGCCACAGGUUUCAACAUGCUUGAUGGAUUCCUCCCACGCAGAGCUGCCUCAAGAACUCAGGCUUCACUACUCAAUCAAAGAAAAUGAAGCAGAGAGGUAGAUCAGUCUAUCAUCUGUAGAGUCAAUAUGAAGCUUCAGCCUGCAGCUUAGCUUAGCUUAGGGACUGUAAACAGGGGGUGAGGGAGUCUCGCUCCAGCAGCUGUGUUGUCAUGAAAAUAGAUCCUCUCUUUCAGACUGGAAGUCAACACUGAGUCAAACAGUGCUGCUCUCUCACUGAGGGAGGGGGGGCUUGGAGUUGCACCUCUGGCUUCAGUCUGUGACGCUCGAGCAGCAACAAAAAACAGACAAUAAGACCCUGCAGCCCUUUAUCACUGCUGAUGAUUGGACUUAUCUCAGCAGUACAAACACAACGCGUCUCUUCACAGUACCAAGAGCUCUGUUGUAUUGAAGUGUACGAGUUAACAGAGUAACAGAGUGUGACAGUGAUUCAGCUCGCACAAGCAGGGCCUUGAAACUGAAGCAGCUGCAUGCUGUGCUGUUAAAGCAGCAGAGCUCUCUGUUCAAUAGUUGUUCUCCCAGAUUACAAAAAUGAUCCAAAAUCCUCUUUUCUGCUUCGGUACCUGUCCAUUCAGACGCUGUUUCAUUCGUUUGGGUUUCCUCCCUCCAUAUGAAUACAACAGUUUAAUGUUGGGCUCAGUCUUUUAUUCUUGUGUGAUCGAUUAAUUUAUCUUUUUCAUACCAUUUUGUCUUAUUAACCAUCAAUAAUCUGCUAACUGUCAUUUUAAUUCUGACUGGAAGAAGUGAGGAAAAGAGAAAACAUUCAUAUACAAAAAUUGGACUUCUGUUCUGUGCCAAAUGUGCUACUAUUGUUAGUGGACACCUUUCUGAAAUCACUAUCUGAUAACUUAGAACAAUAAGAAGAAUAUAAUGUAAGAAAUGUAACAGCCGGAUGUCUUGAAGAAGAAACCGUCUGACUGUAGAAACAGUGUGGACAGAUUUACCCGUCGUCUCCUCCUUCAGUAUAAAGUAUUAAAAACUGUCGACAUUGUUUUCUGCAGAUUACUCAGAGCAGCAGCAAAGUCGUCUCUGGAAAGAAAUGUUACUGAUACAUUUUUCAAAUGUCAUUUUUUGUUCUGUGCUGUGAGCGCGACAGAUGGCACCACAGACAGGCAUCUCCAAACCUGGACUAAUACAGCAGAUAUCUGCAGCAUUGUGGACCAGUGGAGUGAAGAGAGGAAGUGUUUUCUGUAAUUUGGGUGAACAACUUGUGGUGCGUUCAAGGUCCUCUUUAAUUCUCAGUAAGCUUCACAGCGAAGGUUUAAAAAUCCCUGCGUUAUAUAACAUGUUCUCUGUGUUUGCUCCGCUGCGUCUCCUUCAUGGAAGCAUUAUUCAUCACCUGAAUACACUCAAACACGUGUGGGGCUGCUGAUAAACGGUGCACACUGUUGGGAGGACGCAGCAUCGUGCUGUGUUUAAUAGAACAGACCCUCUCUGCACUUUGAUAGACUGUUGAUGGACUGAAAUGUUCCCAUGAGCCAUAUCUUGUUUUUAAAGUCACUGAGACUCUGAAUGAGAGAAACAACAUUAUCGGACUCUUCAACAGUCUUUAGUUUACGUUGUAAAUAUGUUACAGUCAUGGUGCUCGCUGUAAAUGUGCCUCUUAACGUGCAUGGCUUUACUGGCUGAAUCAAGGAGGAAGGACGUCUCGUUUGCACCAAGACACCCGGACAAACUGAAAGAACCCCCUGAAGGAAGGUUAGGAGUGUAUUACCUACAAACACAGUCACCUGAUCAUGUGACCCCCGUCUUUCCCCCUGUUAAUGAUGCGUUCAAAUGUUAAUGCACACGACUGAAACGCCAGGCCUUCACUGUUAAUUAAUCUUCUCUUUGUUCUGUGUGCUUGUUCUGUCCAAAGCUGCUUUUAUUUUGAAUGUUCCCAGAAUGCACUGUGCGUCAUUCGAUGUGUACAAUUCCUUAUUGUGUAUUAAAUAAAAUGUUUUAAGAUCACAAAAUCUC